UCUGGUCGACGGAUUCUAUUUCUAUCUACGAAGGACAUUCGAGUAGCUCAGGCCCGCAAAGGCUUCCUCCUUUGUCAUUACAUCGUACCCAAUGGCGUGGCAGAUGAAAAUGGAAAUUGGCAUGCCGGAGCAAUCGCUACGUUAAUUGACAACAUUAGCACCGUGACCACCUAUUCCUAUGUUCCUGUCUUCAAUGUCUCUGUCGAUUUCUCCAUAUCAAUCUUCUCUGCAGCAAAGGUUCAGGAAGAGAUUGAAGUAGAAGCCAAGGUUGUGGGAAAGAAGGAGAGAUUAACAUGUGUGGCUGUUCAAAUUAGGAAGAAAGGGAACGGACGAUUGAUUGCUUUGGGCAAGCAAUGGAUGGCAACGACUAACACCAUUGCAAGCCAUCAAGCCAUGCAAUGGCCAAAUGCUUCUUAUGCUUUAAUGGAACCACAAAUGAUCGCAUGAAUGGUCUCCAUUCAUUAGAACAUCGCCCAGAAACGCUACUGAAACACACAAGUCAUCAGAGGACCUUGACUUUUAUAACGAUGGUUGUGAGCCCAAAUUAUUAGAAGUUUUUCCAUAGCCAUGUCGGAUUUUGCGAAUUUCAGAGCAGAGAUGGAGGAAGGUACCUCUCUGCAAUCUUCCACCCACAAGUUGCUAAAAGCCAUUUCGGAGCGUGCUCGUGUUUCAGGUCGGCAGGUUAUAGCUUUAUCUAUCGACGGUAUCCGGGUAGCCCAGGCCCACAAAGGUUUCCUUCUUUGGAAUUACAUCGUACCCAUUGGUGUAUUAGAUGAAAAUGGAAAUUGGCAUGCCGGUGCAAUCGCUACGUUAGUUGACACCAUUGGCACCCUUGCGACCUUUUCCCUUGUUCCUGCUUUCAAUGUCUCUGUCGAUUUCUCCAUAUCCUUCUUCUCCACGGCUAAGGUUCAGGAAGAGGUUGAAGUAGAGGCAAAGGUUGUGGGGAAGAAGGAAAAAUUAACUUGUGUGGCUGUUCAAGUUAGGAAGAAAGAGAAUGGAGAAUUGAUUGCUUUGGGCAAGCAAUGGAUGGCAGCUACUGACAUCAAUGCAGUCCUUCGAACCAGUAUGUGGAACGAGUUUCCCAGUGCGAGUUUUCUCUGAUUAAUAUAAUAGCCUUAAAUGAUGGGCUGUUCUGCAAGACUGCAAAUUAUAGUGACAUCUGGA